AUGGAUCCACGAAGCAGAGAAGUCCAUCUCGUCACGGGCGGCAAUGGCUACAUUGGCCUCCAUGUGGUCACCGCACUGCUGAGCAAAGGCUUCAUAGUGCACACGACGGUGCGCAGCAACAAGUUCAAAAAGGUCGCGGCCCUCUAUGCGCUGCGGGACAGGCACCAGCCCGGACGACUGCAGAUCUUCCACGCAGAUCUGCUCAGGCCCGGCAGCUUCACAAAGGCCAUGAAGGGCUGCACCGUCGUGCACCACAUCGCCUCCCCGUUUCUGCUACCCGAAGAUAUCAAGGAUGGCGAGACGCAAUGCAUAAUACCGGCGGUCGAAGGGGCCCGCAACGUCCUGGCUAGCGUAAAUGAGACCUAUUCGGUUAAGCGUGUGGUUUUUAUGUCUUCAGUCGGCGCAAUCUACGGUGAUUCCAGAGAUGUUAUCGAGUAUAUGGACGGCACGCUUACUGAGGAAUAUUGGAACGAAACUAGCACCAGUCACCAUUACCCCUUUCAUUACUCCAAGGUCUUGGCCGAGAAGGAAGCUUGGAUGAUCUCCAAAGAGCAGAGCCGUUGGGACAUGGUGGUCAUAUGUCCAGGUCUAGCUCUGGGCCCAUCGCUAUCCCAAGACGGCUCCGACUCGGGCAGCGUGGUUCUGAUGAACAGGAUAUUCGGCGGCCAGUUGUUCUUCGGUGCACCCAACCUCCACCUUCCCGUCGUGGACGUGCGCGAAGUGGCGACCGCGCACGUGCAAGCCGCCGACCUGCCAUGGGCGUCCGGACGCUACAUCCUGGCCGCGACCGAAACUCGUUCCCUGGGCGAUAUAGCCAGGAUUUGCCGCAGACAAAAGGGAGCUUCGAGACUGAUCCCGACGCACAAGGUGCCAGAUUUUCUGCUCCGCAUCUGCGCCCCCUGGAUUCGGCUGUCGCAGUACUGGCUGAGCAGGAACCUGGGCGUCGGCUUUUCGCUCGACAACAGUAGAAGCUACAAGGACUUGGGUAUCGACUACCGACCGCUGGAGGAAACGAUCGCCGAUCACUUCGUGGUGUGGAAGGAGGCCAAGCUGGCGAGGAGAUGA